AUGGAUCCAACAACGACCGGCAACAGGUCGGAAAUAUAUUUCUUCGAUUUGGAAACCACAAUCCCACAAUGGCACGGUGAAGGCUUCUCCAUUCUUGAAUUCGGAGCCAUUUUAGUUUGCCCCAAAAGGCUGGUGGAGCUCAAGAGCUUCGCCUCCCUUGUCCGGCCCAACGACUUCUCUUCCAUUUCCCCCGACUUCGUUUGCAGCAACGGUAUCUCCCGAAACGACGUCGCUAAAGCACCUUCCUUUCCGAUAUCGCCGACCAAGUUCACGAUAUCCUCCACGAUCUUGAAGUUUGAUUGCAUGAGGAUAAGAGAAGCUUUCGAGAAGAUUAAUCGGCCGGCGCUGGAGCCUAAGGGAAUUAUUGAUUCAUCGACGUUGUUGUCUCAGAGAUUUGAUAAGAGAGCUGGUAAUAUGAAGGACGGUGGUGGUGGUGGUGGUGGGGUGGUGGAGUUAAGUGCCAGCAAAAACUAA